AUGACAUGGGAAUCUGUAUUCUCUGGAUCACACUAUGAUGAAGAAUUUCACAACAACUCACACUUUUCCAGAUCAAAUAACUUAAAUUACUUUAUUUUAAAUUGUUUUUUUCAUGAAUUAAGUCCAAAUGGUGCUGUUCGAAUCUCGACCACAAUUGAUACUGCUAAAACAUACGUAAAUACAAAUAAAUUCGAAUCAUGUUCCUCUGGAUCACAAAAUGGAGGUUCUCUAUUCUUUGGAAGCGAAGGUCAAUUUGUUCAAACAAAAAAUUCAUUCAUCAACUCAACAAAUUCAUGUGAUGGCUCUUCAUUUUACAUAUAUGUUUCACAUAUUCAAAGUUAUAAAAAUCAUGCUAAUGAAACUUUAGUUUCCAACUGUGGCACUUCAGAGCAAGACUGUUCUGUUACAACUAACAUGGGACAUGGUUUUACAAUCAUGUAUGAAUGCAAUAUCACACAAAAUAGAGUUAAAAAAUGGAACGGGGGUUAUUCAAUAAACUCGAUUGCCUCUGAUUCAUACAUAACUUGUGUUAAUGUCAUUGAAAACAACCAAUCAGUUAAUCAAAUUAAUUAUCACUCAUCAAUAUCAUUAACAUUUAAAGUUACAUCAUGUAAUUAUAUAAGGAAUAAAAGCUCAAAUAAUGGAGAUUUGAUUUCUUCUUUUUAUUCAAAUAUUUUCAUGAGUUAUUGUUUUAUUCGUGAGAAUAAAGUUCCUUACAUUUUUUAUGCCUCACUGAGUACAAUAACAUUUGAAAAUUCAACAACAGAUAACAGUGAUGCAUAUUCAGAUAAUACUGCUUCACCUCCAAUAUUCAAGAAUACAGAUAUUUCAUUUGAAAACAAAUGCCCUCUUUUGAUAAUUCCGACAACAAAUAAUGAUCAGCCUAUAAUACCAAUUAAAGAAAAAUCACAAACUGCUGAAAUCAAAAGAGUUAUGAGAAUUAUUCGCAGACGUUAA